AUGGUGACAAAAGAUUAUCAAAAUUUCAAGUUCCAACAACCUUAUCAGCAGGCUAUGUAUUACUACUCAUUGAUUUUACAUGACCAAGCAUUGCCAUGGACUGAGCAACUUGAAGUUCUUCCACAUCUUCAAGUUGACAACCUUCUUAAAUUUUAUCUGCAGAUGCUAUCAAGGACCUUCUUGGAAUGCUAUAUUGCAGGAAAUAUUGAACCAAAGGAACCAGAAUCGAUCAUACAACACAUUGAAGAUGUCUUUUACAAGGGUCUCCAGCCUUUAUCCCUGGCUUUAUUUGCAUCUCAGCAUUUGUCUACUAGAGUUGUCAAGCUUGUAAGGGGCUUAAAUUACUCCUAUAAUGCAGAAGGUCUUAAUCCAAGUGAUGAAAAUUCUGCUCUUCUGCAUUAUAUUCAGGUACAUGUCUUGAAAGCCUUAGGAAAUAGUAAUGAAUACCAUAAUGCCCUCUGAACCUAAUAGAAUUCUAGAUUUGUAUAAACUAACUUAUGCAUGUCUGACCAAAAAUUGUUUGACUAUAUUUUGAUCCUUUCCAUCUGUGUAGGACUGAGAAAAAAUAUUGCUAAAAGUUUUUGAGUUAGUACAACCUUUCUUCUGGAUGUAUGAAAGAACCAAAGCUAUCACGCCCAUAUGUAAG